AUGGCUGCGGCCCUGACCAACACCUCAAGUCCUUCACAUCCGCCAGCUCCAUCAUCACCCGAAGAAGAGGCUGAAUUGCGCUUUGGACAAGUCUGGAAGAACGCUGCCACAGCACCCGAGCGGCCAAAACUAGCAAACCAGCCGGAAGGUGGCAGGCGCAAGUCGUCCAUCCAGUUCCAUACCGCCGACGCCGAGGACACCAUAAGAAGAGAAAGUGUUGUCUCCGGUCCUCGUCCUUCCCUGUCGCAGAAGAGAAUGUCGUCCCCGCCUCCACCUUCCAACUAUCAGAAAGGUAUCUCGUUCGAUACCUUUGAGAAUCGAGAUGCAUCGACAGAAGCAUUUACACUCAACUACAAACACCGCGCAUAUCACAAUAACUCACAGUCUCGGACGUUCUUGUGUGGGACCGAUGCAAAAGACUACUCGGAAUAUGCCCUAGAAUGGAUGAUGGACGAACUUGUUGAUGAUGGGGAUGAAAUUGUAUGUCUUCGAGUGGUUGAAAAGGACGCCAAAUCAUCUCUCGAUACUGCCUAUGAGCGUGGAAAAUACCGUCACGAAGCCCAGAAAUUGCUCGACAGUGUGAUCAAGAAGAACAGCUCGGAAGAAAAGGCCAUCAGUAUCAUCAUGGAACUGGCUAUCGGUAAAGUGCAAGAGAUCUUCCAGCAAAUGAUCCAACUCUAUGAACCUGCAGCACUAGUGGUGGGAACACGAGGUCGAAAUUUGGGCGGUAUGCAGGGACUACUUCCAGGUUCGGUCUCCAAGUAUUGCCUGCAGCACUCCCCUGUCCCGGUCAUAGUGGUUCGCCCAACGUCGAAACGAAUGAGGAAGAAGAAGAAACGACAACAGGAAACGGGCCGGAGUCUAUACAGCAGCAUGCUUGAGAAGGCACAAAGCGCUGGCGGCAGUCACCUCUAUGAACAAGGCAGCGCGAGUUCUGUUUCGAUCCAGGCCACACAGCAGGAGGCCGACGCUGUUGCGAAGGCAAUUGGCCCUCCCAAGCGUGGUAUCCUAAAGGGGACAUAUGGGGGCCAUUUGGCGAGAGUGACAUCUGCCAAAAGCGACAUUACUUCUGACGAAGACUCGCCCGAGAGGAAUUUUGCAUUGCCGAUAGGUUACCUAAGUACUGAAAGUGCUCCUAGAGCCGACCUCGCCAUGAAAAGUCCCACGAUAGCAGCUUUGGUGGAAGACUGGGAUGAUGAAGUUCCCAGAAGAGCUCCCAAAUCUCCAAGGCAUGGCCCAAACACCGCAGACAGAGAUAACGAUGCAGCAAUUUCUGAUACAGAGGAGACAUAUCUAGGAGUUUCGCACAUUGUGGAGGAAAGGAGACCGUCGGUGCGAGAGACAACACCGUGGUUGGCGAGUAUUCUCAGAGACAAGCCACCACCAAAGCGAUCUGCGAGCAAAGGUCGAUCUCCAUCACGAUAA